UUUACUUUUCAGUCAUUCCUUCGCGAGGUCUCAAAGAGCGUGGUCGUGUUUAAGUAAUAGUACAAAUAUAUUCGCGAGUGAAAAUGGGGUGUUUGUUAAAUACAGUGAUCGUAUUUCUACUUGUUGGUUUGACGAAGUCUUCAACGCACACCUACAGAGCUGGGAUCGCGAGCAGCACCCAAUGCAGCUUCGAUGCGUGCGCGCAGCUCGUCCAGAAUGCGGCUAAAGCUAAUGUGGAUAUAUUGGUGCUGCCUGUCCCGGAAGAUAUUUCCAGAUCAGUUCAAACAGAUAAUUUUGAUGAGGCAGUGAAAGUAAUCUCAGGCUUAGCGAAGGACAACAAAAUCUACAUCGUGUCACAUUUGCUGGAGAAGGUGCGAUGCCAAGAGAAAACUGAAAUUAUCAGGAGUAACCUGGUAUUCGAUCGUCAAGGGAGCGUCGUUUCUAUCCAUAGGAAGCCCCUGGACCCCACUGCCACUUGCAAUGUCACGGCCACCGAAACCACCUUCGUAACUGACUUCGGUGUCACCUUCGGUUUGCUGAUGCCAGAGGAUUUGGUGCUGAGAAAUCUGCAGGGGAAGAACUUUGUAGUGGCUGGGGAGUGGGGAUCAGAGAUUCCAGCUCUUGCAGCUCCUCAAUUCUUCAAAUCCUGGGCCUUCACCACCAAUGCCAACCUGGUGUCGUCGUUUGGGGUCUUCUCUGGGAAGGCUGGACAAACUGGCCAUGGAACUGACUUCGUUGUCGCUGAACUGACGAAGGACGGAGAAGACGCCAUCAACACUCCUAUCGCCACCACAACUCCACACGUUCAGGACCUGAGCCAGUACAUCAUUAAGCCCCUGGACCUAAACCAGGAUGUGCGGGAGACAGUGUGCCACGGACAGUUCUGCUGCCAGUUCCAUGUCAAGACCAGUGCCUCUGGACCGCAAGGCUUGAAUUUCGGCCUCGCCGCGUUUGAAGGCCUCCGCCAUUACGGAGGUGGUCAAAACAUCGGCACACAGGAGUGCGCUAUUCUGCCCUGCAUUGGAAGCUUCAAGUCUUGCGAUAUUGGAUCCAUGAACAGCACCAACAUCAUAUUCGACGAAAUCUCCAUCACCGCUAAUUUCAAACCUACAGAAUCUGCUCAAUUCCCGAUCAUCCUGUCAACUGACACACUGUCAAACAGCCAAUUCCAAUUUGACAGCAAACAUGAGAACUAUACUAACCAAGUAACUGUCAAACUGUACGAUGCACAAAACCUUUUGAAUUUCGGCAUUUUUGGAAGAGAUUUCUCGAAGGAUUAUGUAGAGAAAACUGUGAUCUAUGAUAAUAAUGAUGGUUUGACGUAUAAGAUCUACGAGUACAUUAACAGUGAUGAGGUUCUAGAGUUCUGUGAUUAUGUCUGGAUCCGAUUGAGGGUACUUAUUUUCGUUGUUUCUAUCUAUGUUUUGGAAAUGAUGUAAAUGUAAGUUUGUAAUUAAGUAGGUAUAUUAUUUUUACAGAAUGUCAUCGCGCCAUAUUUUUUGCGUAUUUAAAAUAUUUAUUAAAUAAGUAGGUACUUUGUAAUAUGUUAAUGUUUCAACGAAACGCAGCUAUCAAACUUAAGAAUUUGGUAAAAAAAAUCCAGUUGGCAUGCUAUUACGACUGUUAUUAAGUACCUAGAUAAACUUAUAGGUACUUAAAUUUAUUUUUUACUUAUAAACUUUUACCAAAAAAUCAAAUGUCAUGUCUAAAAUUCCUAUUUUUGCAUUUAAUUUUUAAAUUAUCCCCGUCCCAGUGUUAUUUGUUGCGAUGUAUUUUCUUGAGAUUUUGUUUAUAAGUCUACUCUUUUAUUUCAGAAAAUAUUUAGGUACCUACCUCGGUAUGCCUGCCAUACAAACCAUAAAAAAUAUAUGAAAUAUAUUUUAAGGUACUUCGACAUAUUUACGAAAGCCUAGUAACAAAUUACUGAAAUUAAAUUAAGCAUGUUAAAAAAUAUAUUCGCGAAAAACCAAGGUUAGGUUAAAGAGCAAUAUUUGCACAUGGUAUAAUAUGGCACAGGUAACUAUUGUAUUGUUUUGGUGACGAGUGUGACGGUAUUUUCUAAGUCACGUUUUCAUUCACAUGUAAGAUUUAAGGAAUUUCUAGUUUUCGUAUGCAAAUUUAAAAUAAACUAUGUAUGUACAAAGACCUCAUUAAUGCAGUGUUUUCCACUUGGAAACCCCUAAACUGUAUGUCAGCGUAUGUAAAUGUAAAUUAAAAUAACAGGUAUGAUAUUUUAAGAAUUCUGAUUUUAAGAUUUUUAAGUACUACCUACUUGUACUUAGUUAUCAGUUCAUCAAUCAGUGUGUUAUCAGUGUGAAUUAAGUUUUCAUUUUGUAACAUUUAAGAAUAGGUACCUCCUAUGUCCAUAAACAUACAUGCUACAAAUGUUAUGUUAAUUCUAUGUAUUGAAUAGGGAAAACUACCUACUAACAGCACAGCUCGAUAAUCGGCAUGGCACGUAUUAAAACGUGCAGAAAGUGGAUACCAAAGUUUGGUGUCAAUUAAUGGGUAUUUUACCCUAUUUUUUUUGUAUCUGAAAAUAUUAAGUUAAGUCAGCUGUCUAAAUGGCAACGCGUGUUUUUAUGGUAAACGACUGAAUACUGUGAUAUUAGAUUAUGAGAUCCUACGCAUGGGUGGAAAAUAAAGAUCGUUUAACAUUUAUA